AUGCUCUUCCUUCUGGCUUUGGUUGGAUUCCUUUCUCUCGGACUGAGUGCGAGCCUGACUCCGCACAUCCGAGAUGUCGAUAAUGCCAAUCAUACCCACGACCCGACCAUCCUCCACGUGGGUGAUACCUUCUACCUCUACAAUGUCGGCGAGCAUAUCUUCAUCCAUACUGCUCCAAGCAUGGCCGGCCCAUGGAAGCAUGUCGGUAGUGUGCUUGACGCAAACAGUGUGAUUGCCAAAGGUGAUCGGGCCGUUCCGUGGGCACCUACAGUCAUUGCCCUGGAUGGUGUAUACUACUGCUACUACAGUGUGAGCAGAGCUGGGUGCCGAGACAGUGCUGUUGGUGUUGCUACCUCCAACUCCCCGGGGCCGGGUGGAUGGCAUGACCACGGUGUGGUUGUGCAGACUGGAACAGGCAAUGGGUCCGAUGUGUCUCCGUAUACUGUCUCCAAUGCUAUCGACCCCAGCACGCUGAUCACCCCGGAUGGACGUGCCUAUCUCACCUUCGGCAGUUAUUGGAAGGGCAUCUAUCAAGUUCCUCUCGCCAAGGACCUCAUCUCCCCGCUCAGCACUACCGAGCCAGACGCUGUGCAUCUGGCGUACGAGCCCAACGCCGUCAGCAGCCCCAACCGAAAGGCCAACACCAUCUGUGGAGAUCCCACCGGACCCCAUGCUAUUGAGGGUGCCUUCAUUUCGUACCAUGACGGGUUUUACUAUCUGUGGUUCAGCCACGGACGUUGCUGCAACCUGGACAAGGACAACCUGCCACCUGCAGGCCAGGAAUAUAGCAUUCGCGUUGGUCGGUCUACGAACCCCCGCGGUCCAUUUUUUGAUCAGUCUGGAAAAGACCUUGUUAAUGGUGGUGGAACCGUCAUCUAUGGCUCUAACGGCGAGACCUAUGCCCCUGGUGGUCAAGGCGUAAUCCGCGUCGGCGAGACCGACGUGCUCUACUAUCACUACCAGAACAAAACAGUGGGAGUUGCAUUUUCCGAUGCCUUCCUCGGAUUUAAUCCACUCAAGUACGUCAACGGAUGGCCCGUUGCCCAAGCUUGA